AUGCGCUUUUCGGGGUUCGACGGGGCCACGAUCAAGCGCCUGGUCGGCGAGGGCUGGACGGAGUGGACGAAGGCAAUGUACGACGAGCUCGGCAGCAUCAGUGGCUCGGUGUUUCGCACUGUCAGCACGCUGACCGUGUCGUCGUGGCAGGCCGCACCCAUGCGCGACCCGGUGGACGCGACGCUCGCAGGGAGCCUGCUACUGGACGUAUUAACGCGGCGGCGCGGGGCGUCGGCGGAGUUCUACGCAGUGAUGCGCGAGGCUUGGCUUUUCCGGCGGGGGCGCGCGGGCCACCGCGUGCCCGGCACGGCCGACCAAGCGAUGCGCAGUGCUCCUGACACUGGCGACGGGCGCGAGCUCAUCGAUUCGUGGGUUAGCUUGCCCCGUGAGCUGGCGUGCGGCCCGACCGCGCUCGGCGCGCUGGGCGCGCCGUCAUGGCUGCCCGGCGGCGGCUGGUGGACGUGUCGCUCUGGGUGCGGCGCGCCGAUCGGGGGCUGCCCCUGCGGCGGCCGGCACUGCUGGUUUGCCGGGCAGAUGCCGAGAGUGGCCGCGCGCCCGGUGCGUGCGAAACCAGAUCCGGCGGUGCUGCGCUCGAUGGGUCACGGGAUGGCGGACGACUAUGUGACGUGGCUAUGCACGCAUGUGCGCGAGGCGAGCAGCUUGAGCAGCAGCCGCCUGGGCGAGAUACGCAACGCGGCGCUUGCUGAUUCGCGCGGCUUCGGCUUGCCGGAGGGCGAGCGCCGGUGGAUGGCAGGGUUGAACCGUCUUGCCGACUACGCAUGGGCGCUGUCGACGCGGCACUGGGCGUCGGCGUGCACGCGGAUAGCGGCAUGCCAUUGCGAUGGCGAGCGUCGCUGGACCGCAGGCGUACGCGAGGCGGUGGCGGCUGAUGUGGCGCACUUCAAGGCGCGCAUCGCCGACCGUCUCGGCUCGGAGUACGGCAAGCUGCGCCAGGCGCAUCGGUGGCGGGGCGCACCGACGUGGCGCGCGCUUGUCGAGCUCGGCGCUGAUGUGGCUGGCCGGGACGCAAGCGGCAAGGAAUUCGCUCGUCGCGUCCGUCGCUACGAGGGGUCACUUUGGUCAACCGGUGCACUUGACAGUUUCAACGCGUUGUGCGGCUUACUUACAGAUCAAGCCGCCCGCGCGUGGUUCUUUGGUGAUUGCGUCUUGCCACGCAUGGAACCCAACUGGUCUACGCAGUUCGAGGCUCUGGCGCAUGGCGUGGCAUAUUUUGCGGUGGAGCGGGCUCUACUGGAGCGCCCGCCGCCGACCUUGGUAGCUCGCGACCAGCUCGUCUGGUUGCUCGCAGUCGCACUGCACGCGUUCGCCGACUUGUCGGCGGGCAAUGCUAGUGCUCUGCGUUUGCAGGGUACUUAG